AUGGCCCUUACUUGCCUUUGUGAGCCUAUAAACGGAUCAGAACAAGACUACAUGUUCUGCAACAUCACUACAUUCAAUUUUACUGGCAAUGAGAGCAGACACUGUCACCUUCAGCCCCUGGAUGAAGUACUCUUUGGUGUUCUGGGCCCCAGACGGUCUCCUUUCUUCUUCCCUGUAACCUUUACGUAUAUACUCAUCUUCAUCACAGGGGUUGUUGGAAACCUCCUCACUUGCACCGUGAUCACUAAAGACAGGAAGAUGUGGACACCUACAAACCUUUACCUCUUUAGCCUAGCCAUCUCAGACCUGCUGGUGUUGUUGUUUGGGAUGCCACUGGAGAUCUAUGAACUGUGGCAGAACUAUCCCUUCCCUUUUGUCGAGAGCAUAUGCUGCUUCAAGAUCUUUUUAUUUGAGACAGUUUGUUUUGCCUCUGUGCUCAAUGUGACGGUUCUGAGUGUGGAGCGCUACAUAGCUGUGACUCACCCACUCAAAACCCGCUAUGCCAUAACAAACAAGCACGCUCAGCGGGUCAUCGGUAGCGUUUGGGCCGUGUCGCUGCUCUGCGCCAUCCCAAACACGUCACUCCAUGGCUUGCAGUACCUUUACCUGCCAGAUAGGGUUCUGGAGUCUGCUACCUGCAACCUGCUCAAGCCCAAAUGGAUGUACAGCUUGGUGAUCCAAGUCACCACUGUGCUCUUCUACUUUGUCCCCAUGAUGGUGAUUAGUGUACUGUAUCUGAUUAUUGGUCUGACAUUGAGCAGAGGACAGAGGCAGAAGAAGGACAAGCUGGGUAGGAGUUGCAGCAAUGACAGCUGGAAAAUCCAUCUGGACAGUGGAAAGAGGAGGCAGGUCACCAAAAUGCACUUCGUGGUGGUAUUAGUCUUUGCCAUCUGCUGGGCUCCGUUCCAUAUAGACCGACUCUUGUGGAGCUUCAUCACAAGUUGGACGGACCACAUGUAUAGCAUGUUUGAAUACGUGCACAUAAUCUCAGGCGUGCUCUUCUACCUCAGCUCAGCCAUUAACCCCAUCAUCUACAACCUGCUCUCCAGUCGCUUCCGAGAACGCUUUCAAGAGCUGGUGUGCAGUAGCUUGCAGACAAGCUCUUCUCAUAAUGACUCCAUGCCUUUCUACAUCAUCUCCAAAGACCCCCCACCCCACCAAUCCCCAACAUCCAGGCUAAGAGCUGGAACACGGCCAACACACAUCCCUUUGUCAUUACAAGAAGAGGAUGGGAACAUUAGAAUUAAUGUUUUCAUCUGA